UUUGUAAACAACAACAACAACAACAACAACACUUACGACGUCUAAAUGAAAUAAACGAAAUGCCAAAGGUUGUUUCAAAGUCUCUUGUAUGUACGGACACCAAAGAUGAAGAGGAAUACCAAGGAGAAAAGCCUCUCAAUGUUUAUUAUUGUCUGUGUGGCCAAAUGUGCUUAAUUAUAGAUUGUCCGAUCGAAAAGUUACCAUUACGUCCACGAGAUGGUGCACGUGUGAUAGAUGGUGCCAAACAUGCUUACAAAAUGACCUGUGAUCCUGAUGAAAUUGUGUAUCUCCAAAGACCAGCUGGAAUUGAAAAACAGUAUAGACAGAAGUGCAAACGAUGUGGGCUGUGGAUAGCAUAUCACCACCAGGGUAGAAGUACUGUCAUGUUUAUAAUAGAUGGUGCUAUGAAGUUAGAAGGGGUGAAAAAAGAUGUAUACAGCCAGAUUGCCAAACCCAAGAAGGUCACCUUGACAAAACAUACAAAGAAUAUGGGCAAGUUUAGUUCUGUUACCGUGUCAACUAUGGAAGAUGAAGAAGAGGAACUUGAGGCGAAAGAGAUUGCAGAUUCAUACGCUGCCAAUGCCAAAGUCAUUGAGAAACAGAUGUUGAGAAAGGGAAUGAGUAAACGAAAGUUGAUGGAACAGGCUGAGGAGGAGGCCAAGAAGAUGAGACCUAAAGGAACCUUGAUAGAUAAAUAACAUGCUGGUAUCUGACAACAAUUGUAUAUGUAACACUUAGCUAAACACUUGAAGUUCUAAAUGUGGAGAAGAAGAGACCACGGUUCAAAAGAACCAUGUUAAAGGAACAAUUGCCUGCCACAUGCUAUGCUAUCAAGUUCAUCUGUGAUAAAAAAUUGAGUGAAUGGCAGGGAUCUCUGUGCCCAAGUGAACUGAUAAUCGACAAUUGAUGAUGGUUUCAAGUGACAAUUGAGUAUGAAUCCAUGUUAAAUGUUAAGAAUGGAUUAUAGUGACAUUCAAGUUGAGGAUAGAUCCAAGUUAAGUGAAAUAUGAGGGUGUAUUUAUGACUAGUUAAAGUUUAGCAUGGCAAAAUGACAAGAUAAAUAUUAACAUGGCUCAAAAUUAAGUAAAAGUAGUGCAUGGAUCAAAGUUAAGUGACUGUAGAGUACUUGAUUCACAAUCUAAUCAAUGUCAAUACACUGAUGGACAGUUUCCUAACUAGCAGACCACACGCUAUUCUUCUAAGUAGUUUUUCAAGUAAAGAUAACCGGUUGCGUAUCUCACUGUAUAAAUCAUAUGUAAAAUGGUCUGUCAUAUGGUAGGUUUUAAUACUUUAGUGUUAAAGUACAUACUGUGACAAAACUAAGAACCAAAGCUUUCCAUUGAUGUAAUGAAUUUUUAAAAUCAGACAUUAAAUCACAACAAACUAGCAGUUUAAAAACGGCUUAAUUUGUAUUGUUUUAGCGUAAGAGAUAUUAAUUUUACUCAAAGAUAAGGGAAACAACUCGUAAUUUUUGACUCAAUAUACCUCGGUUAUUUACGUAGUGUUUAUGGGUGUAAUAGUAUGGACUGAAAACCUAUCAAUAUUUGAUAUUAAAAUUGAUAAAAUUGAUUUUUUUUCAUGUAAUUAUGUGAAUAGAUUCUCAUUUAUAUUCAAAUGUAUUGUAUAGAUCAAAGAGGAUAUUGAAUGAGUGUAGGUUAAUACUAUGUUUAUUGAACGAGUUGAAUAAAAUCAUAUUAUACAAGCCUUUAGCAAGGAUAAUAUUGUUUUAUUCAACAAGUUUGAUAAAUUUAGUAUUGAAUCUGCAUGAAUAUAAUAUUCAAAUUAUCACAUAUUCAAAAUAAGAAAUGUUAGAGAGCCAAUUUUCAUCGAGAUGCCUAUAGUGUAAAGUUAAAAUAAGUGCAAUUUUACACCAUAUUUUUAUAUAGCAUUAAUAAUGUUACGUUAAAAGUGUUAUUACAUUAGUGUAAUAUCAAUUUUAGUAAAUGGCUUUAUUACACUCUUGCGCUUUAGUUUAUGUGAUAAAUUUAUAUCCUUAAUUCUUACUGUUUAAGAUAUUUUGAUGAUACCUUUAGAAUUAAUGUCCAUAUUGUAUUAUUAUUUUUACUUUCAUUUUUGUGAUAAUUGAUUUGAAAUACUUUUAUGACAUAGGCAAUUGGAAUGAAUGACUUGAAACAUGAUUCAAGAGGAAAACAAAAAUGAGCCAUGUCAUGAC